AAGCCGCCCGGGGUCACACCCUUCCCAGCCUCCCCCCUCCUCCUCCCACUGUGCCCGCCAUGUUCUGGAGGAGGAGAUACGUGUAGCCUGGCUUUAGCUGGCUUAGCAUUAGCAACACACAGCUAAGGCGGAGGCGCAACAAGCUCUUAGGACGCCGAAAAAGAAGUGAUCUCCCCCCCUUUUUUUCUUUCACCUCCUCGGAUUCGGCGUCGCUGUUGUAUGGGUUUAAAUCCCGGGACUGAAAGCAGAAGCUGACAGAAGACACGAGGGAAGCAUGGAAUAGUCUAAAAGAAAUACCAAGCGGUGAUGGCGUGGUCAUGUGUACAGCCAGCACUGUAUGGAUGGAGAUGGUUUUAACAGACGUUGUUCUGGAGGACUCAGGAACACUGCACUGGCCUGGAAGAGCCUCGUAAACAAACACACCUGUAGACAAGAAGAUUUACACAUAAACACUCCUCUGCCGUGCUGGGAUAUAGGACAGAGACACACGGAUACACAACACAGGCACGCCAAUUCACAUCCUGAGUGUUUGUGUGUUAGCAGCCCGUCACCUAAUUCUAUCUCCUCUCCUGUGUGAGAGUGUACAUUUUUCCCCCUGUCUGUCCCACCUCCGCCGCCACCAUGCCAAGCUCCACCAUCCGCCGGCAGAUGAAGAACAUGGUGAACAACUACUCUGAUGCAGAGAAGAAAGUGAGAGAGGCCACUUCCAACGACCCCUGGGGCCCAUCGUCCUCUCUCAUGUCCGAGAUCGCAGACCUUACCUACAACGUGGUAGCCUUCAGCGAGAUCAUGAGCAUGAUCUGGAAACGGCUCAACGACCACGGCAAGAACUGGCGCCACGUCUACAAGGCGCUCACCCUGCUCGACUACCUGAUAAAGACGGGCUCGGAGCGAGUGGCGCUGCAAUGCAAAGAGAACAUCUUUGCCAUCCAGACUCUGAAGGACUUCCAGUACAUUGACAGGGAUGGCAAAGACCAGGGCAUCAAUGUCAGAGAGAAGAGCAAGCAGCUGGUGGUCCUACUCAAAGACGAGGACCGCCUCAAAGGAGAAAGGUCUCAGGCUUUGAAGACCAAAGAGCGUAUGGCCCAGGUGUCCACAGGGAGCAGUCAGAUGGGUUUUGGCCGAGGCUCGUCUCAGCCCAACCUCUCCACUUCUUACAGUGAAGAGUACGGCAGGUCAGAGGGCUCACCUGCCUCCUACCAUGGCUCCACGUCCCCCAAUGCGGGCUCAGAGCUGGAGCAGGCCCGACCCCAGACCAGUGGAGAGGAGGAGCUACAGCUGCAACUAGCUCUCGCUAUGAGCAGAGAGGCUGCAGAGCAGGAGGAUCGCAUUCGCAGAGGGGAUGACUUGAGAUUACAGAUGGCCUUAGAGGAGAGCAAGAAAGAAGGUCCAGGUUCAGCAAAACUGCCCAAAAAGAAGAAAGAGCCACAGUCAUCUUUAAUGGAUCUGAUGGAUGUCCCAGAGGCUGGUGCCAGUGCCGAUCCCUGGGGAGCUGGAGCUGGAGCUAAAGCCGGAGCUGCCACUGCAUCAGCAGACCCCUGGCAGCCCUAUGGGUCUGCCCCUAAGCCAGCAGCCCCAGUUGACCCGUGGGGUGUGCCUCCUUCUGUCCCACCCAUGAAGAGCAACGAUCCGUGGGCAAACUCCACCCCUGCCUCUGACCCCUGGGGCUCUGCAGCCGCCCGCCCCAAGACAUCCAACACAGGUAGCUUCGACCUGUUCAAUUCAUCCAAUGGUACGUCCAAAGAGGACUUCUCAGAGUUUGACAGCCUGCGCUCCUCCUCCUCUGUCCCCACUGGUGAUGGGGGGAUAACCUCCUCUAUUCUUUCCCAAGCCAGUCUGGCCAGCAGCAGCAGUCUGGACCUCUUCGACCCACUGCCCACAUCUAUCACCACAAACCCAACCAGGAAGACUCCGGAGUCCUUCCUGGGUCCCAACGCAGCCCUGGUGAAUCUGGACUCCCUGGUGACCAAACCAGCCCAGCCCCCGCCAGUCGUCAACCCGUUCUUGGCUUCAACAGGUGGCUCUGCUCCAGCAGUGGCAGCAGCAGCCGCCCAUGCAAACCCCUUCCAAGUAAGCCAGCCAGCUCCCCCCACCCUCAACCAGAUGCGGGUCAGCCCCAUGCCCUCGGGCUUCGCCGCCAUGCCCGAGUCCAUGGCUACCCAGCCAAUCACCAUGGUCCCUGUGGCAGGGAUGGCUCCCAUGGGGCGUGCGAUGCCCGGAAUGGGGGUCAGCGCUGUCGGAGGUAUGGGGAUGAGCGCUGGGAUCCCAGCCUCCAUGUCCAUGGCCCAGCCCCUGAUGAGCAUGCCCCCCCAGGCCGGGGUGCAGCCCACAGGAACCACCAACCCCUUCCUUUUGUGAGGGGGGUGACUGGGGGGACGAUUUGCCCCAGAGUUACCCCUCUCUCCUCCCUCUCUCUUUUCCACUUUGGCUCCUUAAGAAGCUUCAAAAUGAACAAGGAGAUGUCUUAUAUCCCAUUUAUCCCUUUAUAACCAACUCCUACCGAGGGUCGUAGUCCCGGCCUCCUCCUAACUUACCACACUCCUUUCUCCUGUUUCUUUGUCUCUGUGCUAAAAGCUGCCUAGUCAUGUGUGUUCCAUGCUGAUCUGACGACGAUGUUGGUGACCACAAAGAGUUUGCUUCUGUCUACAGACUUACAGAGUAGCAGUGGUGUUUACAGUUUAUUUCCACAGAGGCACGUCAGGGCCCAGUCUCUCAUCCCUGUCCUCCUCUCUCUUACCUGCUUCCUGUCCCUCACUUCUUCCCUUAGGACUUCUCCUUCUCCUCUUCUGUGGUGGAGUGACAGGAGAGAAUAACUGUACUAAUGCCAGGAUCUUAUCUCUUCACUAAAGCUAAUCUUUUAUAAGCCCUGUCAGCUGGUGUGUGUCUGUGUGUGUGUCUGUGUGUGUCUGUGUGUGUGUCUGCACACAUCUUAGUACUUUUACACUGUGUAUAUUCCAGUGGGUUUUACUUGCACACUGGAGUAAGGAUGAGAGAUGGUCAGAUGUGUUUAUACUCUCUCUGUGUGUGUGUGUUGUGUGUGUGUGUGUUUGUGUGUGUGCUAGCAUAUGUAACGUGUGUGCUAGCAUAUGUCACGUGUGUGUGUGCGCGACCAUAUAUCAACAGGGGUUGCAAAGAAAUCUCUGGGUUCAAAGGGCGCGUCACCCAGUCAGCAUUGUGAAGACAGUUUACCCCUGAGUGGAUUUACUGUGGCUAAUCUAUCUAAAAGAACAUUAUCUGGUGCACACACAGACGCACACACGCACACACACAGAACAACACACACACUCACACGUGGGGUUGCUCCAGGAUGGGUGUAUUCAUAGCCAGGGAAUCCUGCAGUUCACACAACGAGGCGUGUCUCGUAAACAAGCAUUUUUUUUUAUUUUUAUGUUAUUUACUCACUAGAUGUAAAUUCAUAGCCAAGCCUUUCUGAGUUGUGGAGCUGUGGACUAGCUAAGCCAUGUAUCAUCUUCAUUCUCUUCUGUUGUCAUUCUAGUUUUUUUUCUCACCCUAUGGGUAGGCUUUGUAAUUCUCUUCUCUUAGAAGCACAACUGUUACCAAAGUCAUAGCGACUGUGAUUUCCAAGGACGUUGUAGUUUGAACAGUAGGGUCACACUUCACUGACAUGUGUGUUUUUCUGUUUAGGGAGCUCAUGAUAUCAGAGACUCCAUUGUUGUUGUUUUUUUUAUAUUUUCAGAGCUUCCCCCUAUUUUCAGAGAGAGUUACUGUUUGCUGCGUAUCGGCACAUUUACUGACGGCAAACGAAGCAUCUCUGUGUCUAUUGGUUGGGAAAAGUGGGUUGAUGAACAGCUAAAAAUGAUGAAUUGCGCGUGGUGUAUAGACCCGUCUUCCCUUUAGGUCACUGUACUCUCUUCAGUUCUUCACUGCCAAUGUUACUGUGGAUGAGGUGUUUUAUUUUCUUUGUGUGGGUUGGCGCCCUCUCCUGGUCUGCUGUGAUUUGAUAGCUACACCAGGACCCUUGGUAUUUCCACUAGAGGCAGACCUUCAUUUCUCUCAGGCAAAAGGAGGGGCAGCUCCAACCGUGUGUAUGAUUUUUGAUGCUGAGGGCUGUGGUGAUUUUUAUGCUUGGGGUCCUGAAUGAAUGGAUGUGACACUUAACUUGCAGACCAGCAGACGUUUUUAAAUCUUAACAAAAUAUAUGCAAAAAAAUUGGAGCUGGAAAAAGUAAGAAAAAAAAGAUAAGGAUGACCGAACUAUGAUGAGUUAAGCAAAAUCUGAUUUGCUAAUAAAAGUCUGUUUAUUGAAAUGCGACUGUGAUGGACUCCAGCCAGGACACUUCACUCUGUCACUGGCCUUUUCACUGCGGCCUGACCUUUUAACUUUUACUCCGGCUGAUUGUGUCGAAGAUUGUUUUAACGAUGCAUCGGUGGGAAAAUAACAAAACAAACCUGUUUCCGUCUAGAUCAGAUUCAGCACUCCCAAACUAUCAUGACACUGACUUUAUGUUUUUCUUUCUCGAUCCCUGGCAGCAGUUUCACAGUUACGACUUCACGGUGCAGUGAAAAUGUGGCCUGUGUGUAGCGAGCUCCUCUGUGUGUUACUAUGUAUUCACUAUGCUUUUAUCAAGAGGACUAACUGACCCUAUGAACUGUCUUUGUAUGCAUAAACAGCCUCCUUUCUUUUCCACGUCUGUCUAUUUACUCUUCUCAUAGUACUGGGAGCAGGCUGCUUUUUUUUUUUAUUGGAUACGUGCUCAACCCGUUGGCAUUAUAACUGUAUAAUAUAAUUUAUCAUUUGUACUAUUGUAACAUACUGUUCUCCUGUAUACCUUAUUAUUCUGUGUAAUGGGUUUUGUAGGAAAAGUCACCGUGAUAUUUUAACGGCAUCUAAACAAAUGAACGCAGCAGACCGCACCCUGUUGGAUGAUGACAACUGUAGCUGCAUUGGUUCAAAAUAAAAUGUGUAUCACUUCAGCUCUGUAA